CUCUACGCCAUCUUCAACGCCUUCUUCCACCCCACCGAUUCCUCCGCCGCCUUCGACGCCGCCGCCACCUUCUCCUUCAACUCCGUCGCCCCCAAACCCCCCGCCGCCAAGGUCUUCCUCUACGAUCUCCCCCGCAGGUUCACCCACGGCGUCAUCCACCACCACUCCCUCGCGCGUGGCUCACGCGCCUCCCCCCCCGACGACGUCGCCUCGCUCAAGUACCCCGGCCACCAGCACAUGGCCGAGUGGUACCUCUUCUCGGAUCUCUCCCGACCUCACUCCGAACGUGCGGCGUCGCCCGUGGCUCGGGUCGCGGAUCCCGAGGAGGCCGAUUUGUUCUUCGUGCCCUUCUUCUCCUCGCUCAGCCUCAUCGUCAACCCGGUCCGACCGCCCGGCUCGGGGGCCGGUUCGGAGAAACCGGUUUACAGCGACGAGGAGAAUCAGGAGGCGCUGGUGGAGUGGCUGGAGGGGCAGGAGUAUUGGAAGAGGAGCAAGGGGAGGGAUCACGUGAUUGUGGCUUCGGAUCCGAAUGCCUUGUACCGGGUCAUCGAUCGGGUCAAAAACUGCGUCCUGCUCGUAUCGGAUUUCGGCCGGUUGCGACCCGACCAGGGCUCGCUCGUGAAGGACGUCGUUGUGCCCUACUCGCACCGGAUCAGAACGUACGAGGGUGAUGUCGGUAUCGGGGGUCGCAACACCUUGUUGUUUUUCAUGGGGAAUCGGUAUCGCAAAGAGGGAGGGAAAAUUCGUGAUACACUCUUUCAAAUUCUAGAAAAGGAAGAGGAUGUCAUAAUAAAGCAUGGAGCACAAUCCAGAGAGAGUCGGCGGGCAGCUUCACAAGGAAUGCAUACAUCAAAGUUCUGUUUACAUCCUGCAGGAGAUACUCCAUCAGCCUGCCGACUGUUUGAUGCUAUAGUUAGCUUGUGCAUUCCAGUGAUUAUCAGUGAUGGUAUUGAAUUGCCUUUUGAAGAUACUAUAGACUACAAAAAGAUUGCUGUAUUUGUAGAAACUACUUCUGCCAUAAAGCCAGGAUAUUUGGUGUCAAAAUUGAGAGCCAUAACCCCAGAUGGAGUCUUGGGAUAUCAGAAAGAACUAAAGGAGGUUAAGCGAUAUUUUGAGUAUGAAGAAGCCAACGGGACAGUUAAUGAGAUUUGGCGCCAAGUUUCAAAAAAAGUACCCUUGAUUAAAUUGAUGAUUAAUCGUGAGAAAAGGCUGUUUGGAAAGGAAGAGGAAUGCUCUUGUAUAUGUACAAACCAGACUGCUGUUAGAACCCUAUAGCACUUAUCUCACUAUCAGGUUUGGCAUUCCAUGAUAUCUGUGGCUUGGUUUUGUCAGGACAUUUCAAGGUGAUGAGGACAUUUAAAUCAGGGACAAUGAUAGUUGUAAGUAUGUGACGAAACUUCUUGAUAAUCUCAAUCUACUCAACAACUCAUUCCCCACUGAAAUGCAUGAGAUUUGCAAGAGAAGUUAUUUGUGUAACUAUCAUUAUCCAUUACAUUAUUAAUCCUUCCAUUCCAUGUACUGCGGGGCUUGACUCAAUUCUCAUGUAUCUCGAGGCUGUGCAUAACUUGUCGCCUGCCAUGUACUACGACAAUACCUAACACGUUCUGUUGUUGUAGAUUCCACAAGCCCAUUUUAGUUUACGAGUUGAGACCUAGACUAGGAAGGAAAAAUUACAUCAUAUACUGUGAUUGGGAUUGUACAGGAUGAGAAUGAGAAUAAAGUCAUUUGUUUUAUUCUUUUACAUCAAUAUAGUCUCUUCUUUGUUCUUGUAUAUACACACAAGUACAUUUUUGUUACACCAUUUAUUGUUGUGGCAUAAUCAAAAUAACGAUGUGUAA